GCGGCCGCUACAGAAAAUGGCGGCGGCGGCGGGGACUCGCUCGUCGUCGUCGGGACUGGCGGGCGCGGAGGCGGGCGGAGGGUCCCUGCAGGCGGGCGGGGCGCGGGGCGCGGACUGGCGGCGGCGGCAGCUGCGCAAGGUGCGGAGCGUGGAGCUGGACCCGCCGCCGGCCCCGCCCCGGUCCCCGUCCCCCGCGCCCGAGCCCGCGGGCGGCAGCGCUGCUCUGCCGGUGCCCGAGCCGCCGCCGCCCGGAGCCGCCGGCCGCGCCGGCGCCCACGCCCCGGAGCCCGGGGACCGCGGAGACCCGAGCGCCGCCGGGACCGAGCCCGCGGAGCCGCCGCCUGCUGCCGCCGGGCCGGAGAUGGAGAGCAAGGACACGCUGCGGGGGCUGCACAGGAUGGAGGACCGGCCGGAGGAGCGCGUGAUCCGAGAGAGGCUGAAGGCCACUUGCAUGCCCGCCUGGCGGCACGAGUGGCUGGAGCGCAGGAGCCGCAGGGGCCCGGUGGUGGUGAAGCCAAUCCCUGUUAAAGGAGAUGGAUCUGAAAUGAAUAACGUGGCAGCUGAGGUGCCAGGAGAGGCCCAGGCGGGCACGGGCCCAGCUCCCAAAGGCCGCCGCAGCCCAUCCCCCGGCGGCUCUCCGGCUGGGCGCCCUGUGAAGGCCGAGUCCCCAGGAGUGAGGAGGAAGCGAGCAUCUCCGGUGCCAUUUCAGAGCGGGAGGACCACACCGCCACGCAGAGCCCCGUCCCCCGACGGCUUCUCGCCAUACAGCCCCGAGGAGACCAGCCGCCGCGUGAACAAGGUGAUGCGGGCCCGGCUCUACCUGCUGCAGCAGAUCGGCCCCAACUCCUUCCUGAUCGGAGGCGACAGCCCGGACAACAAGUACCGCGUGUUCAUCGGGCCGCAGAACUGCAGCUGUGGGCGUGGCGCGUUCUGCAUCCACCUGCUGUUCGUCAUGCUCCGCGUGUUUCAGCUGGAACCUUCCGACCCAAUGCUAUGGAGGAAAACUUUAAAGAAUUUUGAGGUUGAGAGUUUGUUCCAGAAAUAUCACAGCAGGCGUAGCUCGAGGAUCAAAGCUCCCUCUCGGAGCACCAUCCAGAAGUUUGUGUCCCGCAUGUCCAGCUCCCACACGCUGUCCUCGCCGAGCGUGGCCACGGCCAGUGGGGAGAGCAGCCUCAAGGAUGAGGAGGAGCAGCUGUGCCCCAUCUGCCUGCUGGGCAUGCUGGACGAGGAGAGCCUGACCGUGUGUGAGGACGGCUGCCGCAACAAGCUGCACCACCACUGCAUGUCCAUCUGGGCAGAAGAAUGUCGAAGAAAUAGGGAGCCUUUGAUCUGUCCCCUCUGCAGGUCUAAGUGGCGGUCCCAUGAUUUCUACAGUCACGAGCUGUCAAGCCCCGCGGAUUCCCCGUCCUCCCUGCGGGCGGCCCCGCCGCCCCCAGCACAGCCUCCACUGGUGGGACCGCAGCACAGGGACCCGGAAAGCAGCUCCGGCCUCACGCACUACGGGGCUCAGCACAUCCCCGCUGCCUACAGAGACCUGGCUGAGCCCUGGGUCCAGGUGUUUGGGACGGAGCUCGUUGGCUGCUUGUUUUCUAGAAACUGGAACAUCCGCGAGAUGGCUCUGCGGCGACUCUCCCACGACGUCAGCGGGGCACUGCUGCUGGCCCACGGGGAGAGCACCGGGCACUCGGGGGGCGGGGGCCGGAGCAGCCCGGGGGCCGGGGCCAGCAGCGCGCCUUCCCCGCCCACGGGCGACGUGGUGGGGGCCUGCUGCAGCGUGCUGUCCAUGGUCUGCGGCGACCCUGUCUACAAAGUGUACGUUGCUGCUUUAAAAACCCUGCGGGCCAUGCUCGUGUACACGCCCUGCCACAGCCUGGCUGAGAGGAUCAAGCUGCAGCGGCUUCUGCGACCGGUCGUGGACACCAUCCUGGUCAAGUGCGCAGACGCCAACAGCCGCACCAGCCAGCUGUCCGUGUCCACGCUGCUGGAGCUGUGCAGAGGCCAGGCGGGGGAGCUGGCGGUCGGCAGAGAAAUACUUAAAGCUGGUUCCAUUGGUAUUGGUGGUGUGGAUUACGUCUUAAAUUGUAUUCUUGGGAACCAGAUGGAGUUGAACAACUGGCAGGAGCUGCUGGGCCGCCUCUGCCUGGUGGACCGAUUGCUGCUGGAGUUCCCCGCCGAGUUCUACCCGCACACCGUCAGCGCCGAGGCGGCCCCCACCGAGCCCAUAGAAGUCAGGUAUAAGAAGCUGCUGUCCCUGCUGGCCUUUGCCCUGCAGUCCAUCGACCAUGCCCACGCAGUGGUCGGGAAGCUCGCUCGCAGGGUCUACCUGAGUUCCGCGAGGAUGGUCACUGCUGUGCCCCCCGUGUUUGUGAAGCUGUUAGAAAUGCUGAGUGUUUCCAGCUCCACCCACUUCGCCCGGAUGCGCCGCCGCCUGAUGGCCAUCGCAGAAGAGGUGGACAUCGCCGAGGCCAUCCAGCAGGGCCUCGAGGACGCCUGGGACGGCCGACGUGAUAGCUUUCUGCAGGCGUCGGCCCCUGAGAGCCAUCCCGAGUCCCCAGGGAGCAGCCCUCGGCAGGGCCCAGACCAUGUGGAGAAAACUGGAAGAGGACUGCGCCCUUCAAGGCUGAGCGCCAGCUCGGAGGACAUCUCUGGCCGGCCGGCCAGCACUGUCCUGGGGCCUCCUACUUCAGCAACGACGGAGCAGCCAAAGCCAGCGGUGCAAGCGAAGGGCAGACCCCUCAGCCAGUGUCUGAGCUCCUCUUCCCUGUCCCCACCCUCCCAGCCAGUGCUCUCGCCCUCGUCCACCCCGGCUUCAUCAGCCCAGACCACACCAGCGGGCCCCGGGGACUCCUCUAAGCACAGAUCUCAGGGAUUCGUUCCCUACAACAUACCUUCCGCGUCGCCUCCACCACAUCGCAAGUUUUCCCUGCAGUUCCAGAGAAACUUUUCCGAAAACAGAGACUCGGACAAGCUCUCCCCCAUCUUCACGCAGUCCCGGCCCCUGCCAUGUAGUAGUAUACACAGGCCCAAGCCCUCUCGGCCCUCCCCUGGCAGCCCCGCAAGACAGGCCGAUGCCGGGACAGGCAUGACCCUGGACCUGCAUGGGGCCUCCGAGGGCGGCAACAGCUUCGGCAGCAGCAGUAGCAGCAGCGCCGUGAUCCCCAGCGAGGAGACAGUGUUCACCCCGGUGGAGGACAAAAGCCGACUGGACGCCAGCACCGAGCUCAGUUCGAGUAUCGAGGACCUGCUCGAAGCGUCCAUGCCCUCCGCUGACACCACAGUGACUUUUAAGUCAGAGGUUGCUGUCCUCUCUCCUGAAAAGGACGAAAGUGACGAUACCUACAAAGACGACAUGAGUCAUAAUCAGAAGUGCAAAGAAAAGAUGGAGGCUGAGGAGGAGGAGGCUUUGGCGAUCGCCAUGGCGAUGUCCGCCUCUCAGGACGCCCUCCCUGUGGUGCCUCAGCUGCAGGUGGAGAAUGGAGAGGACGUCAUCAUCAUCCAGCAGGACACGCCCGAGACCCUCCCAGGACACACCAAAGCAAAGCUGCCCUACCGGGAGGACUCGGACUGGCUGAAGGGCCAGCAGAUCGGCCUUGGGGCCUUCUCCUCCUGCUACCAAGCUCAGGACGUGGGGACCGGGACUUUAAUGGCCGUGAAGCAGGUGACGUAUGUCAGAAACACGUCGUCGGAGCAGGAAGAAGUUGUGGAGGCACUGAGGGAGGAGAUCAGAAUGAUGAGCCACCUGAACCACCCGAACAUCAUCAGGAUGCUGGGAGCUACCUGCGAGAAGAGCAAUUACAACCUCUUCAUCGAGUGGAUGGCAGGGGGAUCUGUGGCUCAUUUGCUCAGUAAAUAUGGAGCCUUCAAGGAAUCAGUGGUCAUUAAUUACACUGAGCAGUUACUCCGAGGCCUCUCCUAUCUCCAUGAAAACCAGAUCAUCCACAGAGAUGUCAAAGGUGCCAACCUGCUCAUUGACAGCACAGGUCAGAGACUGCGAAUUGCAGACUUCGGGGCCGCAGCCAGGCUGGCAUCAAAGGGAACUGGUGCAGGAGAGUUUCAGGGACAGUUGCUGGGGACAAUCGCAUUUAUGGCACCUGAGGUCCUCCGAGGUCAGCAGUAUGGGAGGAGCUGUGAUGUGUGGAGUGUCGGCUGUGCCAUCAUAGAAAUGGCUUGUGCUAAACCGCCUUGGAAUGCAGAGAAACAUUCCAAUCAUCUCGCUUUGAUAUUUAAGAUCGCGAGUGCGACAACCGCCCCGUCGAUCCCAUCACACUUGUCUCCCGGGUUACGCGAUGUGGCUCUUCGCUGCUUAGAACUUCAACCUCAGGACAGACCUCCGUCAAGGGAGCUGCUAAAGCACCCGGUCUUCCGCACCACGUGGUAGCCAGCUGUGCAGACGGAUGCACAGAGACAGAUGCUCAGUGAGAGGAGCACGUCAGUGGGAACCAUGGUGAUAAUCCGCUGGCCUUCCUGCCACUGAACAGCUAUGAACGCGCCCCAUGGCGAGCCCUUACCUAAGUAUGUGAUUGACAAAUCAUGUCUGUACCUAAGCUGAGUCUGCACCUGUGCCGAACUGCAAACCGUGCCUUUCAGGGACUGGCCCUUGGCGACAGGACAGCAAGGAGUUUGCAUGACUAAGUAACAUAAGCAUAGUUUUAUGAUUAUUUCUCUUGGAGCACUUUUUCAGCAAUAUUAGCAGCUGAGGGGCUCAGGAUCUGUUUCACUGUCUCAACUACUCUUCCAUUUCGUAUUGCAAUCAUAAGCAGGGGUCUGCUUUCAUGCAGUUUUUUGUCACUGGCUAUAUAAAUCAGUAUCUGCCUCUUUUUAGGUCAGACUAUGCUAUAAUUAGCGGUAAAGAAAUAUAUUUUUUAAAGUUGAUAACUUCUUUAUGACCCACAGUUGACCUCUAUUUUUUUAAAAGCCUGGACAAUUGUGGCUCAUUGUGCAUUUUACUGUUGGCCCAUUCAUUUCUUUUUUGGAAAUUAUGGUUCUAUGUUUUCAUUUCACCUUCAUUUUUUGUUUAAUAUUCAGGGAAAGGUGAUCUUUUCAAUCCAGA